AUGCCAGCUAAUUUUAGAGCUACCGGUCCUAUAUCCAGUGCCGAUGGGACGCUUAUUAUCAUAUCGUGCAAGGGCAAGCACUUGCCGAACAGACGAAAGCUCGAGAAGCAGAACCCCUAUGUGCUUCUCCGUAUUGGCUCCAUUGCUGAUAGAUCUAGCUAUGAUUUCAGAGGGGGUCAAACGCCGGAAUGGAACCACGAAUCACGUUUUGAGCUCACCGCCGACCGGCCGCCGUUGAUGAAACUAGACGUGCUAGAUGACACCAAGGACGAGCCUACGCCUAUUGGUAGUGCUGAAAUCGACUGUACCCCUGUGUUCAGUCGAUCCCCAGACGGAAGAUACAUCUAUGACGACUGGUUCAAGCUCUCACUUCUCGGGAAGCCCGCGGGGAUUAUCCGGUUGGAGAUGACCUUCUACCCUCUGGUGCCUCUUAUUCCCCCGAAGGGUCCACUGGCAAGUAGUAUUCCCACUUCCAUGAACAAUUCACUCGGGGGAAUGUCUCAGAAAACUGUCUCCCCACCGUACGGCGGAAGCUCGACCGUUUUCUCAACCCCCCCAGGCUUCAACUACUCUCAGGGCCGAUCCCAGGGCUUAUCGUCAAACUAUCAUAAAGAGCUGCUUCCCAGACCUAAUAUUCCGUCGCUCAUGGAUGAAUGUGCCGGGACUUCCCAGAAACCCCUUCGCACUGUUUCGCCGGCAUCGUCGUUGUUCCAAAACAACAAUCAGGAGACUUUGAAUAACACGUUUGAGAGUACUCAGACCAAAUCAAAGGGUGCCAAGAUCAUUUCCAAGUUCACCAAGAAAAUCGAUCAGAAGUCACCGCUGCACAGCACCGGGGGUGCUCGCCGCAAGCCUCCUAGUGACGAUUACAGUAUUCGGCCUAUCCCGCAACAGCGUCACUCACACGAUGGUGCUAAUACAAACACGCCGAUGUCGGAAUUGCUGAAGAAGCUCAACUUGAUUAGCCUUGAAAACGAAAUUCCCUACUCAGCAGAAGAGAUCGGGCUGGUGCAAAAGCGCCAUUCCUUGCUCCCUGUGUCUGCGUCUUUCGGAGGUGCCCAACGACAAAGCUGGAACACCCCGCGCAGAGAAACGGCUCCCACUUCCGGGGAUAUCUACUUCCUUGGGUCCAAGCUCAACGACUCAGUCCAGGACAACAAUCACGACACAGACGUGUAUGAUCCGGCCCAUUUCGCGCCCACGCCAAUGGAACAUUUCACCAAAUCGCAACGAUUGCAGAUGGGUCGCGAGUAUGUGCGGAAGAACGACUUAAAGGUGGAAUAUGGCCAAUCAGGAUAUCAGGGGAAUGGUACCUGGGCCCAGGAGAGUCAAGACGAGAAUUAUGAGCAAUACAUACAGAGAAAGACGCAAUAUUCGCCGCCAAAGUUUAAUCAGCAAGCAGCAGCAGCAGCAGGGUUUUCGUCUUACACGGAGAGACACGCUGAUGCCAAGCCAGGUGUGCCUCCCAAAGUUCCGAUUGGAAUGACAGAGAAGGAGUACUACUUGUUAGAGAAAGACAGUUAUUUGCGCGAUAUCCACGGAAGACGGUUAUAG